AUGCACUGUGGUGAGAGGUUGGUUGAGGUUUCGUGUUUUGUUCAGUUGAAAAAAAAAGAUUUGUUUGGAAGGAUGCAAGGAACUCAAUACCAAAAUGAAAACCCCUCCAAAAGAAGGCUGAGCGAAUCCAGUUUUGUAGAUGAUAAUAUUUUGGCUUCAGAUCCUAGUUCAAGGGCAAAAAAACGAAUAAUAGAUGCUAAAAAACGAGCUAGGCCAGAAUUAAGUGAUCGUGACCAAUGGGCAUGGAGUUCGAUGCAGUACGCCAAUGAAUUUCACAAUUUUUGUUUAGUCAACGAUCAAAUGACUCGCAUAAAUAUAAAUGAAGUCAGCAAAGAAGAAUUCAUUGAAAAAUACGAAAAACCAUAUAAACCUGUCGUUAUUGUUGGUGCUCAACGUCAUUGGAAUGCAAAUAACAAAUGGACAUUACAUAGGCUCAAGAAGAAAUACAGAAACCAAAAAUUCAAGUGUGGAGAAGAUAACCAAGGGUAUAGUGUUAAAUUAAAGAUGAAAUACUUCAUCGAUUACUUGACAACAACAAUGGAUGACAGUCCUUUAUACAUAUUUGACAGCGGUUUUGGAGAAGAUAGGAGGAGGAGAAAACUAUUAGAAGAUUAUGACAUUCCUUACUAUUUCAGAGAUGACCUGUUUCAUUUAUGUGGUGAAAGUAGAAGACCUCCGUAUCGGUGGUUUGUUAUGGGUCCAGCAAGGUCUGGCACAGGAAUACACAUUGAUCCGCUUGGUACUUCUGCUUGGAAUGCAUUAGUUUUCGGGCAUAAAAGGUGGUGUUUGUUUCCUACACAUACACCAAAAAAUUUGCUAAAAGUUACUUAUGCUGAAGGAGGACAUCAAAGGGAUGAAGCUAUAACCUGGUUUUCUGUCAUUUAUCCUAGAACGCAACUUCCAAGUUGGCCACAAGAUUGUAAGCCGGUGGAAAUAUUGCAAAACCCAGGUGAAACAGUAUUUGUACCAGGAGGAUGGUGGCAUGUCGUUCUAAACCUAGACACAACUGUAGCAGUCACCCAGAACUUUUGUAGUAGAACAAAUUUUCCUAUUGUAUGGCAUAAAACAGUCAGAGGCAGGCCAAAGUUAGCUCGGAAAUGGUACAGGGUGUUAAAGACUGUAGAACCAGAAUUAGCUCUUACAGCUGACAGUAUUGACGUCCAGUUGGCCACUGGAGUAGCUUCAGAUUCUUCUACAUCUUGUAGUAGUUCUUCUACAACUAGUUAUGACAGUGAAAGUGAUGACAGCGGGCAAGAAUCUUUAACUCCGCACAAAAAGAGGAAGAACAACAAAGAGAAAUUUAUCAACACAGAAUGUGAUGAAAAUUCUAGUAUUAUUAAUGAAGACAACACUGCUACGUUGCAAGAUCAAUGACGAUUACUUACCCUAGAAAGAAACUGGAUUCCGACAUUUUUGGGAUGGUUUAUAUUUGUAAAGUUCCAAUGUGCCUUUUAGACAAAAAACGUGAUUUAAAUAUUUGUAAUUUCCAUUUUUUUAUCACCUGAAAAUUGUGAAGAGUAUAAAUACGGGAACCUGUUGAUUAUAUUGCAAACAAGUUAAUUAUUUUUGCAUACAAAAUAUUAGAUACUAUGACAUUAAAACAUACAGUUGAUAUUCCUUAUUAUAUAGAGUUCUUGAUAAAUAAUAUGAAAAAAAUUGUUCUUACAUUAUUAGUCCCGUUUCUACCCCCUUUCAUUUCUAAACAAUUUUGUCUAAUAGCACUAGAGAAAAACAUGAAUUUUUGUUGCUGCCCUGAAUUGUUUCAUAGUUUUUUUGUUGCAUUCUUCCAUACAAAACUUUGUACAAUCUGAGUAUUAAAUGACUGAAUUUAUAUUCAAAAAA